AUGAAGCUUUACUUUUCCGUUAUCUGCUUGCUUGCCUUGAUCUGGGCUGUUGCCUGUGUGCCAUUAUCGGAACCAGAAACCUCAACAGAGACACAAGACUCAAAAUCUCCUCUUUCCUUUUUGAAUGGUGCCAAAGCUGAAGAAAUGGAUGAUAUGCAAAUAGCCAAGAUGUAUAUUGCAGGAGGUGCUCAUAAGAACAGUAACUCUGGUGAUAUCGUUUAUCCCAAGAACAAUCAGACUUGGCAUGUCGGCCAGAAAGCCAAGGUGGUCUUUAGGAAAGCAAACUAUGGGGUUAAUGAAACUGUUUCUAUCUUCUUCUUUGAAAAAACUCCUGUCUUGGCAGGUGGCCCAAUCAGUAAUCGAGUGUUCACAUUCAAGGUUCCAGCCAGUGCUUAUAGUGGACGUAAUGCUACAUCACUCCUUCUGGCAGUAAAGCGUAAGAACUUUUACUUACAAUCUGUUGAUUCUGUUGUUCUUCACGUAAUUUAA